AUGCUGGGCGGCUCUCUCCGCCGGCUGGUGGCGGCGCUCGCCGUGGCAUUGGCCGUGCUUGCGACGCGGGCGAUGGCGGCAGUGGUCGACCGGAGCUUCCACCGGGACUUCAACGCCGUGUGGGGGACGCGCAAUGCGCGGUUCUUGGAGCAGGGGCGGGUGGUGGAGCUGUCGCUGGACCAGCGGACGGGGUCGAGGCUGGAGUCCAAGGACCGCUACCUGUUCGGGAGGUUCGAUCUUGACAUCAGGCUCGUCGCCGGCGAGUCCGCAGGGACCAUCACCUCCUUCUAUAUCUGCACGGGUGGCGCGAGGCACGACGAGGUGGACUUCGAGUUCCUGGGCAACGUGAGCGGCGAGCCCUACCUCCUGCACACCAACAUCUUCAGCGACGGCAAGGGCGAGCGCGAGCAGCAGUUCGUGCUCUGGUUCGACCCCACCGCCGACUUCCACACCUACUCCAUUCUCUGGAACCCGCUCAACAUCAUCCUGUACAUCGACGGCACGCCGAUCAGGGUGUUCAGGAACAACGAGGCGAACGGUGUGCCGUUCCCGACGCGGCAGCCGGUGCACGUCUUCGCGAGCAUCUGGAACGCCGAGGAAUGGGCGACGCAGGGCGGGCGCGUCAAGACGAACUGGUCGGAGGCGCCGUUCGUGGCCGCGUACCGGCGGUUCCAUGCGAGCAGCGCCUGCGUGUGGCGCGGCAACGGAGCGACGACGCGGUGCGGGGGCGACCACCUGCCGUCGUCGGCGUCGUCGUGGAUGGGGCAGACGCUGGAUUGGUGGAGCUGGAUGACGCUCAACUGGGUGCGCAUGAACUACAUGGCCUACGACUACUGCGAAGACCGGAAGCGGUAUCCCCAUGCCUUCCCCACCGAGUGUAUCAUUCCCAUAGGCAGAAUCUGAUGAUGCCAU